GUUUUUUUCUUGAUUAAUAACUUUCCAUAUUACAUUCAUCAUCUUCCAUCGGCUUAUUCAUUUCCAUUUCUGCCGCAGGCUUGUAUCUUCUUCUGCUCUUAACAUUAUUACGUACGAUCGCCCAAGCUCAACCCAGACUUCUACCUAAUCCUAAUAAAGAUCAUAUCAUCUCUCCUUUGUAUCCUAUGUUAUUCAAAGUGUUAUUGGGUAUCCUUUAAUGGAGAACGACUCCUAUGUUCACUCUUCUUCUGCUAGUUUCUUCAAUAACGACACUCCAAUUUCACCUACAUCACCCGAUAUUUGUUCUAAGUUGCAAAUAUCACCCGGUACAAUAUGGUUUUUGCUCCAUUCACAGGUGUUGACAAUCACAAGAAAUGUGUCACUUUCGCAGCUGGGCUAUUGUUAAAGGAGGACGUGGAAUCAUAUGUGUGGAUUUUUAGACAAUUUCUUGAUGCAAUGGGUCGUGAACCAAUUUGUGUCAUCACGGAUCAAGACCCAUCCAUGAAAAUUGCAUUCACUAAGGUGUUUACAACAUCUGCCCAUCGCUUUUGCAUGUGGCAUAUAAUGUCUAAAGUCUCAUCCAAGGUCGGCCCUGUUUUGAGUAAGAAUUCUGAAUUCAUGUCUAAGCUAAACUAUGUUGUGUGGAGCCACUAUCUAGAACCUGAUGUGUUUGAGAAAAAAUGGACCUCCAUAAUGGAGGAAUUUGGAUUGCAAAAUCAUGUUUGGUUUUCAAACAUGUAUGACAUCCGCAAGGAUUGGAUUCCUUCUUAUUUUAGGGAUUUGUACAUGGCGGGAUUACUUCGUACAACAUCCAGAUCUGAGAGCGAGAACAACUUUUUUGGUGAAUUUUCCAAUCCUCACUUUAGCCUGGUUGAAUUCUACAUGCAAUUUGAGAGUGCCAUGGAUGCACAACGGCACUCUAAUGCAAAACUAAAUGCUGAUUGUGAGUCUUACUUUCCAACAUACAAGACGCCACUAGCUAUCGAACGAUAUGCCGCAACAGUAUACACACUCACUAUUUUUUCAGAUGUGCAGUCUGAGAUUUGUUCCGCGUGUUUUUCAUGUCGUGUUACAAGCCUACGUGAGAACGAAGAUUGUUUGGAGUAUUUGAUCUCUGAUGAACGUGGUUUGAGAUUUACUGUUCAUUGUAAAUCGGAUGCCACUAAUUUGACGUGCAGCUGCAAAUAUUUUCUACGUCUAGGUUUGGUUUGCAGGCAUAUGUUCGUUGUGCUCAAAGAUUUCAAAUCUGAAUGCAUCCCAGCUGAUCUCUUAAACACACGCUGGUUUAAGAAAGGGUGUAUAAAACCAUUGUUUGAUAUCGGUGAUGCAGUGGUUCAACAAAGUGCAGCCUUGGAGGAAAAGAAGUUUGUUGUUAAUCAAUUGUGGUGUGAUAUUCAUUCAUGUGUUGCAAUGGUAGAAAACGAUCCUUCUCUAUUGCGACAGUUUGCAUCACUGAUCACACAAAACAAGGAAAUUAUUGCAUCUACAAUGCAAGAUGCACAAUCUUUAACCAACAAAACUAGUGUAAUUCAGCCAUUUUUUGGCUCCUCCGCACCCACUUCAGUGAAUGUUCUUCAACCUCCUCAAGCACACAACAAAGGUUCGGGUAAGAGAAUUAAAGGUGCUAAAGAGUUGGUUGUUGCUCAGAGCCAACGUGCGAAGCGGUUGUGUAGAAGUUGCAAUGAAAUGUCAUAUCAUGAUAGUAGAAAUUGUCCAAAGAAUAGUGCUCUUUAAGAAUGUUUC